UGAAACAAGCAAAGGUGCUAACCUUGUUGCAUUAGGUGUUUGGAACUCUUCAAGAGUUUUACAAUGCAGAGGAAAGUUUUGGCUUUGAAGCAAAAGAUCAAGGAACAUGGUCCCAAGAAAGAGGAUCUGGACCCCCGGAAGUGGAUGAAGCAAGAACAAGUGAAGGCAUUUGCUGAUUUUGUUCUGAACAAGCACACAGAACCGGAAGCGGACACCAGCUUUGACAACAGAGAGAUGUUGCUGCAAACAGAGAAGCAGUUUAUAGAGGCAGCGAAGAGCAAUGAUGUGACUGCAAUGAGGGCACUUGGAAAAGGCUUGAAUGCCAAUGCAAUGAAUGUGCACAACAGGACUGCCCUUCACUAUGCAGUGGCUGGCAAAAACAGGGAGGCGGUUGAGCUGCUUCUGCAGCGCAGGGUCCAAGUGGAUCAGAGGGACAAGUUUGGUGUGGCGCCCAUACAUUUAGCUGCCUGGUUUGGCAGUUUGGAGAUCCUGAAAUUAUUAGUGCGGGCUGGGGCUGAACAGAAGAUUGAGAACGAGGAAGGACUAAAUAUCAUGCAUUGCGCUGCUAUCAACAAUCACACUGAUAUAGUGGACUACAUCGUCAAUGACCUGCAAAUGAAAGAACUCGACAAAGACGACCAGUCAGGACACUGCGCGUUUGCAAUGGCGGCAGAGCAUGGUUGUGUGAAAAUGUUAGAAAUGCUAAUGGAGCCCUCUUACAACAUGGCCACCAUGAAGCCCAGCAAGAAAGGAGACACGCCCCUGCACUUAGCUGCAAGGAACGGCCACUUGGAUGCUGUCCAACUGCUGCUGAAAAGCUUUGAUAUCCGGGAUGAAGUUAAUAUGGACGGUGAGACAGCUCUGUACCAGGCUGCAGACAUUGGUCAGGAACAGUGCGUCCUGGCAUUGCUGGAGGCCGGCUGUGACCCCAACAUCCAAACAACCAAAGGCAGUGCUCUUCAUCCAGUGUCAGAAAGAGGAGACACAUUUCUGGUCCAGCUCCUCUUACAAUACAAAGCCCACACAGACUUUCAGAAUGAAGACAUGGAAGCUCCUCUUCACCUGGCAGUGAAGAACAGCCACAUACCGGUCAUCCAUUUCCUCCUGGAGGCAGGUUGCAACAUUAACUCUACCAAUAAGAGGUGUGAGACUGUCAUGCAUCUUGCUGCUGAACUGGCCAGAAUAGAUGUGGUGGAAAUGCUGCUUAAAGCCGAACUUGAUCUGACACUGAAGGACUGGCAGGGAAAGACGGCUCUCGGUGUGGCAGCCAGAGCAGACGAGGUGAUCAUUGUGGACAUGAUUGUCAAGGCAGAAAGAUACUACGCGUGGAAGAAGGCUAACCCAGAGUUUAACGACAGUGUUCACAGUGAGUAUCCGUUAACCUUCAAACUGGACCACCGCUAUGAGACCAAGCAGCUCCGCUUGAUGGCCUGGCGCCUGGCCUACGAGCUCCUUAAGCCAGGCGACUGGAAGCGACUGGCUGAACACUGGGGAUUUGAUCAGGAGCAAGUGUACGCCAUUGAGAGACAGUGGACAGGUCAACACAGCUACAAAGAGCACGGCAACAGAAUGCUGCUGAUUUGGCUCCAUGGGGAAGAGCUGGCCCAGAAAAGUCCUUCGAAAGAGCUCUACCAGGCCCUUGUCAACACAGGCAAUGGCAGAGCUGCAGAUCAGAUAAGGAUGGAAUCAGAGAAAGUCACCAGCAAGAACUGCAGGGUUUCAUGAUGGAGGUUGUGACAUUAAGUUGAAUUGUCAUCAUGUUUACAUCACUUUUGAGAAACACUUAUAGAAAGAGCUUUUAAAAUCAUUUAUUUAAACAUUUACAAACAGCAGAGCUUUGGUCUGACCGACAACAAGCAUUAUGUGCUUGCUGUUCAAUGACUACACUGUCAUUUUACAUGCACCUUUUUAGGAUAUCAUCAAUCAUUUUAACCAAAAAAGAAAAAGGCAAUUUUGCUAAUUCUGUCCUGCCGCUUUUUUUUACAGCAUGAACAUGUGAAAUAAUAUUCCACAUUUUGCAGGAAUAAAAUUUCUCUAACAAAAAGGCAAACUAACAAUAAGACAAACACGGAUAUCAAACAUCACAUAAAUAUAAAUAAAUACAAAUGUUAAAGCUGCACCCACUAAAAACUGUGGAAUUGUUGCAUAGAGUCAUUCUUCAUCUAGACCAAGGGUUUUCAAAGUGUGAGGCAUUAGAAGACUUUACGGGAGGCGCAGCAGCUUGAGAAAAAUAAAGAUGUCUUUUUUUUUUUUUUUUGCUAGGCUAACUUCAAUUAUGCCAGUGGUUCUCAAUUAUUUUCUGUUCUGCCCCUACUGGGGGACAGAAUUGUUUUUGCGCCCCCCCCCCCAAUUUGAAAUUCUAUUGAGAAACUGAUAAUAUUUAUUAAUUUAUCUGUACUGUUUGGACUGAACUUGAAACUGAAACCAGUGAAGUGCAACAAAAUGGAGAGCAGUGAAGCAUAUGAGCGUAUUCAAGAGUUAAAUUGCAAUUCCCCCCACCGUGCCCCCACCCAGGGGUGCUCGUCCCACUAUUUAAGAAGCACUGAGUUAUGCUAACGAUAAAAUGAAUAGAUUUUUAGGCCUACGUAGUGAGGGGGUGAAAACUAGGGCCGGGAAUCCCAGGGUACCUCACGAUACAGUACGUGAUAAAUGGCUCUCGACAAUGUCGAGAAACGUUGAUAGCGUGAAACAAAAACAAACCAAAAAAUAUAUUUCAUUGUUUAUAUUUUGCAGCAUAGUUUAACCAGAGUACAAAGUAGCAAUAGUUCAAAAACAAUGACACUGUUUUUCUGCAACAUACAGCAACUAAAACAGAAUUUUAGGUGUCUUAUUUUUGCGUUUUUCGUCAACUAUACAUAAAAGGUUCAGAAAGACUCAAAAAAACGUUAGAAUGUGACUCACAAAACACAACAUCUCAAGUAGAUCAAGGAGGUAUUGUGCGAAAGUGGCUCCACCAACCCAGGAUUUGUGCUCAAGAUGCAACUGAGCAAAACCUAAAUUCCCCAAACAAAGCUAAAUGGUAUUGCAACGGCGGUUCUCAACUGACUUUGUCAAGUUCGGUUCUCAACUUUGUGCUCAGUGCGUGUUCACAUCAAAAAAAGGGGGCGUUUGUCAUAUUAUUCUACUUCCACGCAAAAAUGGCGCGAUCCCAGCCGGUGUAUUUUACACAAGAUGAGCAAGUAAUUAUUAUGGAGCGUUAUGAGGCGUUAAAGCUUAUUAUUGCCAAAAGCAACACUAGCGCCUGCAAUAGAGCGAGGGACGACCGCUGGCAGAAUAAAGCUGAGCAUGGGAUAGGCUCCAGCAUGCCCUCGCGACCCUAAUGAGGAGAAGCGGUAUAGAAAAUGGAUGCAUGGUGGUCAAUUCGCAAGUUAACAUUGAUUUAUUAUACUAACUAUACCCUACUAAUCUUUUCAUUUAUCAACACUCAACAUUGCACUACUUUUACAUAUGAACACUUACCCAUUUAAAAAAUAAAUAAAUUGGAGCAACUGGCUUUUUUCAUCUAUGAAGGUCUAUUUUACGGCAACAGAAUGCAGUACCUCGUGGUGGCACUGUUCUGCAGCGACUUUCUUUGUGACAAGCUUUUCCCUAUUCUUAGAAUAAAUGUUUUGUUGCAGUUGAUUGAUGCAUCAGAGUGCUUAUUCCUCCAUCAAACAUUAUAACAUAAGAAGACCAACAGGCUGAGUGCUCACACAAGGACUGUUGUGACAUAUACAUCGGCUAACGUUGGCCUAAUUAUUAAUAUUUCAUAUUGCAUUUUAUUCCUGAUGCUCGCCUCAAAAAGUGAGCAUAUCUAGCGUAUUCUCUCGGCUGAGAAUCUACAUCUCUUGUAGAGAAUUUAAUCAGGGAAAGCCAUUCCCUGGCUACAGCCACUCCCGUUGUAGUGCUGCCCAAAUUAUUCCCACGUCCACCGGGUUUUCAACAAACGGUGAUGCCAUCUCCGAAUGAGCUACGCAGUCAAACAGCAGCGCUUUCAUACUAAAUUUUAAGCUGAAAGUCUUGAGUUUAGCCCAAGUUACCAUGGCAAUACAGCUGCUUUAAAAGAGAGCUACCUUUGCGGAACAGGCAAGGCUUGCUGACCCACUAAACUCGCUUCGCGAAUACCCCCAAAUCUAUUAAGUAGAAACAUAAUAAAUAUGUAGUGUCACAUUCGGCUGGCCCAUUGGAUAAUACAAAUGCUAAGGACCGUGGCCUCCAGGGGGCGCCAAAAAGGGAAAACAAUGUCUUUAAUAUAAUUACAUUAAAACUAGUUAUUACAAUUAACUCUUAAUUGAAAAGCUCACACUGACUCAUUUGUAAAGCAAUGCCCAAUUAAUAUUACUAAAAAUGAUAACAAAUAAGUCACCCUGCGACCAUAAUUUUUGUAUAGUUUUGCAUAUAGUAUGUAUUUUAUAUCGCUUGUAUAUCUAUUUUAUUUAGAUUUUGUAUAGUUAUUGCAUACUGUAAAUAUAGCUUAUAUAUAAGGUUAUUGUGUGGAAACCGAGGAUAUUUACUUGUAUUAUAUUUAUUUGUUUCAUGUUGGAUAUUGUAUUUAUAAUUUAUUAUUAUUUAAUUGUUUAAAGGAUUUUUAUUUUGUAGGUAUUUAUAUUGUAUUUCCAAAAUGUUUGCAUUUAUUUGUAAAUUGGAUGACAUGUUAUCUUACAAAUUAAAAACAAUGUCAUUCAAUUUCUUUUGUAAGCAUAUGUAAAUCGCCAAUGGAUGGGGGGCCCAUAUAAAAUCUUGCUUAAGAUGCCACUUUGGGUGUUUAGUGUAAGUUAGUAGUGGUGGUGUAAUCACUGGAAAGAGACAGAGUGACCCGGAGAAGAUUGAGCAGCAUGAGGAGAAUGUUGACAAUAAAAUAAGUCAACUAAACACAUCUCUUUAUUUAACAAAAACAAAAUUUAGCAUUUGAAUACAAAAAUCAACAUUCCUCUAACUAGGCACAGUUUUCUCCAUGAGGUCUGGGAGGGUGGUGAUGAACGAAGUAGGUGUGCACGUUUUAUGUGUAGUAUUUUUGUGGGACAUUUCUUACAGACUGCAAAGUCUUUAUCCAGGUUUGUCCCAUCCACACUAUACUGUGCUUUAAAAGCCAAAGACGCCGGUGCAUCUUUGAGUUUAACUUCACCGCUCAUGUCCGCCAUGGCACCGUUUUGUUUUUUCUUCAUCUGUGACUUUUUUGACACAGUCACGGAGAGCGCCUCCUGGAUGAUAUGUUAAACGGUGACUCGACUCACUGAGGAGGAACAGUAAAAAAAGUUUACAGUGGCUAUAUUUUAGUGAUACAUUUUUUAAAAACGAUACGUGGCGCGAGCGCAUCGAUAUUCUGUCACUCGACCAAGGUUCCAGAUCGCGAUACCACGAUAUUUCAUCACACUUCUAGUGAAAACUCCACAGAAUAUGCUCCAAUAAAUACAUUUUUUCAAAGGGGAACUAUCAACCCUUGAUACACUUUGAAAACCCCCCCAUCUAGAAAAUGCUGGUCUGUGUGAGAUGUGUGUGUGCGCAUGUUUAGUCUACCACUUUGAUAGAGUGUACAUUACAAGUGCUGGUGUGUGUUCUGGAGGGAGUCUUAACAGUGGGGGCAUGUGGACCCUGUUGGGAGGAGCGAGGAAAUUUGGAAGCAGCAGACUGACCACCAAUGAGCUUGUACAAAAAAAAAACAAGAGACAAAAAGAAAAAGAAAUGUACAUCAGACAUACAGAAUACAGAAAUACUUCACAAUGCAUGAUCCAUACCUGUGUAAUAGGUUGAUGGCGUUCUACGACGAUGGAACUCAUGGACGGGGCCACACCCAUCACUUGGAGGUUGCCACGUGCACUCUUACUGGGAACAUGUUGCGCUGUAAUGCGAGUGGUUAUAGUUUUUGCUGCUUUCUGUUGGCUGGCUGUGACCACACGCCCACUGGCCUACGGAAGCAAUACAACCUUUCAGGAUGUACAGAAAAAUAUAAAAAUACUGUGGCUCGACCUCCGUUGCUCACCUUUUUGUGGGACGUGCUGCUGCUCCCUUGUGGGAAUGAGCUGUGUGCUGCUGAAGUGGAAGGGAGAACAUCACUGGUGCACCACACGCCCAUCUGAGGAAAAGGAAUAUUUUUGUGUCGUUACCAUGACCAUGUGAUUUUGGAAGAGAGCGCCUUACCGUGUCAUCUUCUUCACGGUGGGUAGGAGACUCCGGGUGGUCAAAGUGAACCGGGCUGGGACUUGGCUGGCCUUGAGUCUGUGAAGCAGUACCAGGAUCAUCCCAAGGGGGUUGAGGGUCUGUUCACAGUCAAAUAUUCAUUAAAUACUUGAAUGGUUGCAAUAAUCAUUACAUUUUCUGACAUUCUUCAAUAAAUAAAUCCAUCCAAUUAAAACAAGACAAUUGCAUUUCCUCAAAUAGUGGCCGCCAUUCUAAUAGCCCCAAUUAUAAACGUUGCACCUCAUAUAGACACAUCCUUGAAUUGCUUUUACCAUAACCUCAGAAGAUAGAUUACAUUUAUUCUAAUACAGUGGUGCCUCGG